AUGAAAUUGGACGUAAAGAAAUCUUUCAGCAAUCGAUCCGAUAGAGUCAAAGGCAUCGAUUUCCACCCGACGGAACCAUGGGUGCUCACGACAUUGUACUCAGGGCGCGUUGAAAUCUGGAACUACGAAACGCAAACGGAAGUCAGAUCUAUUACAGUCACAGAGACGCCUGUUAGGGCAGGUAGGUUUGUUGCCAGGAAGAAUUGGAUUGUUGUAGGAAGUGACGACUUCAGAAUUAGAGUAUACAACUACAAUACUGGGGAAAAAGUGGUCGACUUUGAAGCUCAUCCUGAUUAUAUCCGCUCUAUCGCUGUACAUCCAACCAAGCCAUACAUUCUGUCAGGUAGUGAUGACUUAACAGUGAAAUUAUGGAACUGGGAAAGAAAUUGGGCACUGGAGCAGAGUUUCGAGGGCCACGAGCAUUUCGUGAUGUGCGUCGCGUUCAAUCCAAAGGAUCCCAACACCUUCGCAUCCGGCUGUCUGGAUAGCACAGUCAAGGUCUGGUCUUUGGGUCAAUCUCAACCCAAUUUCACGCUGACCACUGGACAGGAAAAAGGCGUGAACUUCGUGGAUUACUAUCCGCUACCCGAUAAGCCCUACCUCAUCACAUCCUCGGAUGACUUGACCGUGAAGAUCUGGGAUUACCAAACUAAAUCUUGCGUCGCAACGCUGACAGGUCAUAUGUCGAACGUCUCGUUCGCGAUCUUCCACCCAACAUUGCCUGUAAUCAUUUCAGGUUCAGAAGACGGAACUCUCAAAAUCUGGAACUCCUCGACCUAUAAGCUGGAGAAAACUUUGAACUUGGGGUUAGAGAGAAGUUGGUGUAUUGCUACUCAUCCUGCCGGUAAGAAGAAUUACGUGGCUUCUGGUUUCGAUAAUGGAUUCACUGUUCUGGCCAUAGGCAAUGAUGUUCCAAUAUUAUCGCUAGACCCAGUUGGUAAGCUUGUAUGGUCUGGUGGUAAAAAUGCUGCCGCGUCCGAUAUUUUCACCGCUAUUAUUAGAGGUAACGAAGAGGUCGAAGAGAACGAACCUCUGUCUUUACCAACAAAGGAGCUGGGUUCGGUCGACGUUUUCCCACAACUAUUGACACAUUCACCUAACGGUAGAUUUGUCACGGUGGUAGGUGACGGUGAGUAUGUCAUCUAUACGGCGCUGGCAUGGAGAAAUAAGUCGUUUGGCAAAUGUCAUGACUUCGUUUGGGGCCCUGACUCUAACAGCUAUGCUAUUGUCAAUGAGAAUGGCCAAGUAAAGUAUUUCAAGAAUUUCAAGGAGGUUACCUCUUGGUCUAUUCCCUUGACAUACGGAGUAGACAAACUAUUUUCUGGGGCUUUGUUGGGUGCCAAGUCUGAUGGCUUUGUUUACUUUUUUGAUUGGGAGAGUGGUAGCUUAGUAAGAAGAAUCGAUCUCAACGCUCGUGAAGUGGUUUGGUCUGAUAACGGCGAAUUGGUAAUGAUCAUUAAUACGGAGGAAGAACGUGGGGAUGAGGCUAGCGCAUACACUCUUGCUUUUGAUCGUUCACUUUACGAAGAAGCAGUCUCUCAAGGCAACGUUGACGAUGAAGAUGGGGCUGAAGAUGCCUUUGAAGUUCUCCAUGAACUGGAUGAACCAAUCGCUUCAGGUAAGUGGGUUGGUGACGUUUUCAUCUUCACUACAACCACGAACAGAUUGAAUUACUUUGUCGGUGGUAAGACUUACAACUUGACACACUUUUCAAAAGAGAUGUACUUGCUUGGGUAUCUUGCGAGAGAUAACAAAGUUUACUUGGCCGACAGAGAUACCCACAUUUAUGGUUAUGUGAUCUCCUUGGAAGUGUUGGAAUUCCAAACGUUGACGCUGAGAGGUGAGUUGCAGGAGGCUAUGGAGAGCAUCCUGCCCAAUAUAGAGGAUAAGGAGACACAACUGAAAAUCUCUAGAUUCUUGGAAGGCCAAGAGUAUUAUGAGGAAGCAUUAGAGGUCUCGCCAGACAAGGACCAACAAUUUGAUCUGGCCUUGAAGGUGGGCCGAUUGUCCCUAGCCCAUGACAUAUUGACCGACGAAGAUAGUGAUCUGAAAUGGAGGGCGCUGGGCGAUGCUUCGUUAGAGAAAUUUGAUUUCAAAUCUGCGAUUGAGGCAUACACCAAAGCUCACGACCUUGAAUCGCUGCUCUUACUUUACUCAUCAUUCAAUAACAGGGAUGGUCUAUUGACCUUAGGAGAAGAGGCUGAAAAACAAGGUAAAUACAACCUAGCUUUCAAAGCGCUAUGGCUAGCAGGUGACGUCAACGGUGCAAAGGACUUAUUAAUAAAGAAUGAGAGAUUUUCAGAGGCAGCAAUUUUAGGUCUCACAUAUGGGCUAAAGACAGACGACGUUAACAAUACUGUUAAGAAAUGGAAAGAUAGCUUAAUUGCGGAGGGUAAAGAAAAAACAGCGGAUAGAAUCCUCACGGUCGAGACAUCCAGCGUAACUGAAGCUCCAUUGAUUGACUUGAACUCUACCAGCAAAAACCAGGACGACAUUGAAGAGAGCAAACAAUCUGGCGGGGAAAAGGACCCGCUUGAAGAAAGAGAAAACACCGCAGAACCGGCGGAACCAGUGGAACCGGCGGAGGUAUCAGAGCCUAGCAAAGAAGAGAGCACAGAGGAAAGUCACGAAGCUACUGCUUGA